AUGACCAUGUCAACUGGAGCAUUUUCUCUGUUUCCCUUUGCCGCUGUCGCCGUUUUGUGUUCAAUGAUGACAAUCUCUUGUUCUAAACCAACUGGAAUUCGCUUGGAUAGUUUCUCCGAAGGCCACGUCAAAGGCUGCUACAUCUUUAAUCAGACCCUUGGUGUUUGCUUUGAGGUUGAAAAGAACUCCAUAAAAAUAGCGAAAACAAGCGGAGAAGUGAUCGUCCAUUAUACGAAACUAGGUCAGUAUAUGUUCUUCUACCAGAUUUUGGAUCAAGGAUUCAUCGGGUAAGUCUGGUAAUCUCGGUUUAAUCUGUUACUCUAAGACCUCGUUUCCCGGCCUCGUUUACACAGGUCUAGACAAAUUUUUGAACGGACAAAAACUUGCUCGUCGGAAAGAUCCACCUUUCGUUUACACGGGACCCGCGGAACCGAGCGAGUUUUUGAACGGCUGAAACAGUACUGUGACUCAGUAGCCGCAGAAAAAGAAACGGGUUGCACAGGUAAUAAUUCACUCAAAAAUUUGUCCGGGACCGAACGGGGUCUGAGUUAAACUGUAUUUAACGUUGACCAAUAUGUAUCAAGCGAAAACCAGUUCAACAAUAAAAAUACAAGCAGUCAACAACCAAUGAAAGUUUUAAGCUUGUAUGGAUUAACAUUAAUCUUACUCCGUAUUAUGAUCAAUUAUUUCAUUUGUUCUAUUUUUACAAUUCUUAUAAUCUAAAUCAUAACUAUAACAAAAGUCUCUAAUCUGAUUGGCUAUUAGCAGUCCCGAUUUCAACAUUGCCGGAUAAGAACAUAAUGAUUGUAAUACUGAGAACAGUACAAGUCAUUCCCAUAAAACUAUAAUAUUUUCAAAACGCUUAAAUUAUCACAAUUUUUGUUAUAGUUAUGAUUAAUUGGUAAUAAUGCUUCGUGUCGUCCAAUUCCGUCUUUAAAUUCAUACUAGUGAUUAAAACAAAUCGGACUCCCGCUACGCGAUCGUCUGAUUUUGUUAAUCAUUCGAAUGAUAACAGAGUCCUAUUACCUCUCUCCUCCACAGUGGACUCUUUGUUUUGUGGUGGGGAGGCUGGGGAGAAAGAAAAAGAGAGCGCGCGGAGCACGACGGGCAUCGUCCCCUAGGCUAUUUUCGAUUAUUGCUAUUUUUAUAUGGAUACACAGGGGGCCUCUGCGGAGGAGAGAGGUCCUAUUACCAUUAUUUAUCCAUAAACGUGUGAUAAUAGAUACUUGCUGCUGUCAUGAAUUCGGUCUGAGACAUGUGCUUCUUAUUUGAUUCGUUUCUACACGCUUUAACAUGUUUACACCUUAAAAUAUUCCGCAAAGUUUAACUUUCAACCGUACCCUUACCUUUCGCUGUGGAUUUCCAGGAAAUCAUCUAUAUUUUUGUUUUAAACAUUUCUUGGCUUGUUUUGUCGUGUUUUCCACUGAAUUCAUGCAGUAGAUAUAUAUAUUUUUGCACAUUAUUAGGGGGCACCCAACGAGAGUAUAGUUCAAAACCACUUAAACAUAGCAUUGUUAAACGUAUUUUAGUAUUUAAACGAUAGAUGUAGGCGUAUUUUUAUCCCCUAAAAAUUUUUCAUCUGUUCGGAUUUCCUAGCUGAAAGUCUAGUGAUCCGAAAAUUAUAGGGAUCACAACUUACAUUUUCGAAAAUUUCAGCCAGAAAAAGGGCUUCCGAAAAUUCUAGGUGAUCUUUUUAGGUAAAAAUCCGUUAAAAAUUUGCAAUUAUACCAUUUUUUAGACGUUCGAAAAUCCUAGGAGAGGCAGGCAAGCAAGAAAUUUGACAACAAAUACUCCGAAAAUUCUAGAUCUCAAAUAGUCUUCCGAACAGAUAUUUUCCGAAAAUUGACGUUGGGUGCCCCUGAUUAUUGUUGAUCAGAUGAUUUGAUUGUUGGGUUUGUGACUCCUGAUUCAUUUGAUUAAUAUUAUUUUUGUAUAGUUGGGAUUUUUGUCCUUUUGGGAUACUCUAGUCACGUCCUUAAUCGAUUUACUGAAAAGUUGAUUCAGUGUCAUCUUUGUUGAAGACGCCUAAAAUAAUGUGAGGAAGUUAAUAUUUUGAAGUUUUUACAUUGUACCGCUUUUGUUAUGUUGACCGGACAAUUCCCACGCUUGGUAGCGAAAUUUAUAGGAAAGAAAACCGUUUUUGCCAAACAAAUAACUCGGAAUUUUAUGCUACUUAGCCUUACACAAGCAUUAAUCCGAGCCAAGUGGAUGGGCUUGCCGAUCAUCAUACAUUUUUCUAUCUUGAUGUGGAUUGUUGGCCAAAAACUGUAAAAUCAUGAUGUGCGACAGCGAUAGCUUUGUAAUAGAAAGAGAAUAUUUGUACCCUAAAAGUUUGUGAGCUUCCUGAGGAAUAAAAGUGUUUAAAGGAGGGCCACCGAAAAGUUCUAGCCUAGUGGUAGCAGGUACUUGAAGUGACAUGGGCGUGCGGUUCUUUCUUGCGUCCGUAUUGACUUCAUACGCCCGCCUACUUCAGAGGCACAGAAGAAAGAAAGGUUCAGCUUCUCAGCAUUAGAGCUAUGCAACUUAGAAAUUUAGAUCGAUGAAAAUCAGGACGCUUGCUGCAAAGGAAGGCCAAUCAUGUGGCCUAUCUUUCACUUCCGUUCUUGCUUUUUUGUUUUAAACCUGAUUCGCUGAAGAAGGGUUUCUGACCAAAGUCUCUAAACAAGUAAAAAUAUUUAAAGUGAGCGGUUACAUUUGGUAUCAAAUGGGAUUUUCUUUCAAUUGCUAGUUUAAUACAUUCUCGUAACCCUUUAGAUAUCAAUCGCUUUUAGAGUGUUUAAGAAACAGAAAUGCCGGAAUAUAUAUUUUUGUUCGAUUCUUUGAAAGUUAUUCAACAAAGUGUGAAUCUUUCAAAGUGUUGGUGGUCAGUUCGUGGGGUUAAAGGAAUGUCGAGAGAUUAGGUUGAUGUAAGUGAAAGGGAACUUUAUAAGUAUGGCUUAUAAAAAUUGUAUGUUGCCGGUGAGUGACAGCUACUUUUACCCGUGUUUUAGUUUUGAGCACCUGUUAGAAUCAGGGUCUAGCUAUCAACCACAACUACAUACUUUCACAGUCAUCUAUUAAACUUUUCACUGAAAUCGCUUGCUUAUUACCUUUUUCAGGCAUGGGCCGAAGAUGAUUUACGUUCCUGACGCUGUUCCCAGCUUGUCACAGGAGGUUCGAAAGUAUCUGGCUUUGAAGCGCACCACUGAGGAGACGCUCUCCGAACUCGAGGUUUUAAAAAUCCAUUACCAAGAGGCCGUGAGCGAGCUACAUUACAUGCCUGAAAUGCAGCUUCUAGAGCUUAUGUCUAAAGCCUUAAGUGACAACUCUAGUCAACCGGAGAUCCUGGAGCCAUUUCAUUCUCUGUGUUUCAGCCUAUUCAAGGCUGCCAACAUAGAGAUCCCCAGUGAGUUAAGGGUUACGAAUGACCCGAAAGAAGAAACCGACGAGCCCCAUCAUAACAGACAGAAGCGAUCCUGUCGCAGCUUGGAGAAUGACCCAAAUAAUGAUAAGUGGUUAGGAAUGUGUGGCAGAGCAAGCAGCUGUUGGAGCUGGGUGUGCAAUGAUUGCUGUUUCCACACUGGAUGUUGCCAGCAUGAUUUAUGCUGUAGACAUAAUUUCUGGAGUUCGUAUUGCCUCGCACCAAUUUUCUACGGAUUCAGUUGCGAUGGUUUUGGGGGACACCCUGACUGUCUAGCUGGAUUAGAAAUAGAUGAAACCAACGAAAAGAAAGAGGUCAUAGCUAAUUGCACAGCCAGGGCCUUUUGA